AUGUCUCGUACAGGCGAAAGCUCCUCGGGCUCGUCCUCCGACAAGACCAUAAAACUGUUCGGCUUCGAUCUCAUCAGCGGUAAUCGUUCGCCGGAAGUCACGACGGCGGAUAGCGUGAGCUCGUCCACGAAUAACACGACGUCAUUUACAGCUAAAAGACUCGAGUGCCAAUACUGUGGCAAAGAGUUUGCAAAUUCUCAAGCCUUGGGAGGUCACCAAAACGCUCACAAGAAGGAGAGGUUAAAGAAGAAGAGGCUUCAGCUUCAAGCUCGACGAGCCAGCAUCGGAUAUUAUCUCACCAGCCACCAACAACCGAUAAGAACGUCGUUUCAGAGACAAUACAAAACGCCGUCAUAUUGCGCCUUCUCUUCCAUGCAGCUGAAUAAUAAUCAGAUGGGUGUGUUCAACGAGGACUGGUCGUCGCAGAUUAGCUUCGGUAAUAAGGACACGUAUCAAGAUCUUAAUAAUCAAAGUGGUGAGAUGGGUAAGAUGUACGGUGUGAGACAUAACAUGAUUCAGUUCCAGAGAGAUGUGACUUCUCGUUCUGAUGCGAAGAGAAGCAUUAAGUCGCUGGAUCUUCAUCUGGGUUUUGCCGGAGAUACGGCAUAG